GCCCCGCCGAGCCGAGCCGAGCCCCGCCGAGCGGAGCCGAAGCGCCGUCGCUCGCUGGCUGCGGUGCGCAGCGCGGUACCGCAGCGCCCGGCCCGGCGGGGCCAAGCGGAGCGGAGCGGAGUGGAGGGAGAGCCAAGUCCGCGCCUGACACGGGGGAAGACGAUGAAGCUGUAGAGAUGCUUCCCUACGUGAUUGCCACCCUUGGCUCAGCAGGGGCCACCUGCAAAACCUCCACAUGCAACAACAGCACCAAGGACUACUGCUACAGUGCCCGCAUCCGCAGCACUGUGCUGCAGGGGCUGCCCUUCGGAGGGGUGCCUACCGUCCUAGCCCUUGACUUUAUGUGCUUUCUUGCACUGUUGUUUGUCUUUUCAAUUUUGCGUAAAGUUGCUUGGGACUACGGACGCCUGGCCCUGGUGACUGAUGCUGACAGGCACCGACGCUGGCAGACGGAGCGAGAGGAGCGGGAAUACGUAGUCUCCGCCCUGCACUCCGACAACCACGACCGCUACGAGCGCCUCACCUCCGUCUCCAGCUCUGUGGACUUCGACCAGAGGGACAACGGUUUCUGCUCCUGGCUGACAGCCAUCUUCAGGAUAAAGGAUGACGAGAUCCGGGACAAGUGCGGGGGUGAUGCAGUGCACUACCUGUCCUUCCAGAGGCACAUCAUCGGGCUGCUGGUGGCAGUGGGUGUGCUCUCCGUGGGCAUCGUGUUACCUGUAAACUUCUCAGGAGACCUGCUAGAAAACAACGCCUACAGCUUUGGGAGGACAACUAUCGCUAACCUGAAUUCUGGGAAUAACCUGCUGUGGCUGCACACAUCUUUUGCCUUCCUGUACCUGCUGCUGACAGUGUACAGCAUGCGCCGGCACACCUCCAAGAUGCGCUACAAAGAGGAUGACUUGGUUAAGCGAACUCUCUUCAUCAAUGGGAUCUCAAAAUAUGCUGAGCCAGAGAAGAUCAAGAAGCAUUUUGAGGAGGCCUACACCAACUGCACCGUCCUGGAGGCCCGUCCCUGCUACGACGUGGCCCGGCUGAUGUUCCUUGAUGCAGAGAGGAAGAAAGCUGAGCGUGGGCGAAUCUACUUCACCAACCUGCAGGGCAAGGAGAACACUCCAUCCAUGAUCAACCCCAAGCCCUGUGGCCAUCUGUGCUGCUGUGUCAUCAGGGGCUGUGAGGAGGUGGAGGCCAUAGAGUACUAUACCAAGCUAGAGGAGAAGCUCAAAGAUGACUACAAGCGGGAGAAGGAGAAGGUGAAUGAAAAGCCUCUUGGGAUGGCCUUUGUCACCUUCCAUAAUGAGACAAUCACAGCCAUAAUCCUCAAAGAUUUCAAUGCUUGUAAGUGCCAGGGCUGUGCAUGCCAUGGGGAGCCCAGGGCCUCCUCCUGCAGUGAAUCCCUCCACGUAUCCAACUGGACCGUCAGCUAUGCCCCUGACCCACAAAACAUCUACUGGGAACACCUCUCCAUUCGGGGUUUCAUCUGGUGGAUCCGCUGCCUUGUGAUCAAUGUGGUCCUCUUCAUCCUCCUCUUCUUCCUCACCACUCCUGCUAUCAUCAUCACCACUAUGGACAAGUUCAAUGUCACCAAGCCUGUGGAAUACCUCAAUAACCCCAUAAUCACCCAGUUCUUCCCCACCUUGCUGCUAUGGUGCUUCUCUGCUCUGCUGCCCACCAUCGUGUAUUACUCUGCCUUCUUUGAGGCGCACUGGACCAGGUCUGGAGAGAACAGGACGACCAUGCACAAGUGCUACACCUUCCUCAUCUUCAUGGUCUUGCUGCUGCCAUCACUAGGCCUGAGCAGCUUGGAUGUGUUUUUCCGCUGGUUGUUUGACAAAAAGUUCCUUGCUGAAGCCGCUGUGCGAUUUGAGUGUGUGUUCCUGCCAGACAACGGGGCCUUCUUUGUCAACUAUGUCAUCGCCUCUGCCUUCAUCGGGAACGCCAUGGACCUGCUGCGCAUUCCCGGCUUGCUGAUGUACAUGAUCCGCCUCUGCCUGGCGCGCUCGGCUGCCGAGCGCAGGAACGUCAAACGACACCAGGCCUACGAGUUCCAGUUUGGGGCUGCUUACGCCUGGAUGAUGUGCGUGUUCACUGUGGUCAUGACAUACAGCAUCACCUGCCCCAUCAUUGUCCCUUUUGGGCUCAUGUACAUGCUGCUUAAGCACCUGGUGGACCGAUACAACUUGUAUUAUGCUUACCUGCCUGCCAAGCUGGACAAGAAGAUCCAUUCAGGGGCUGUGAACCAGGUGGUGGCAGCCCCCAUCCUCUGCCUCUUCUGGCUUCUCUUCUUUUCCACCAUGCGCACAGGGUUCCUGGCCCCCACUUCCAUGUUCACCUUUGUGGUCCUUGUGAUCACCAUUGUGAUCUGCCUGUGUCACGUCUGCUUUGGGCACUUCAAAUACCUCAGCGCUCACAACUACAAGAUUGACCACACAGAGGUGGAUGCUGUAGAAAGCAGGCAGAAUGGGAGGCCUGCCACCAGUCUGCCAGCUCCCAAAUCAGCUAAAUACAUCGCCCAAGUGCUGCAGGACUCCUCGCCCGAGGGCGAAGCGACAGAGUCAGAAGAGCAGGGGUCGCAGGACGAGGAGCUCAUCAAUGCAGGUGGCAUGAACGACACGGAUUUCCAGUCGUGUGAGGACAGCCUGAUAGAGAACGAGAUCCACCAGUAGGGACCUCGAAGGGUGGGAGGGGAAGGAGGCCCAGGAGCGCAGCAGGCUGUGUGCAUGGAGACCUGGGGAGAGGGACCUGAGGGUGCUGGCCGCUGCCCUCACCUGCCCACCCCUGGGUCCACUGCCUUCAGUGAGGGCAGGGGCCCUGCUGCAAGCUCUCCAUUUUCCUGCCCCUCCACCCCUGUGCCAGCCUGGCAGCUUGGCAGGCAUGCUCAUUACUUGCUACCCUCUUUAACAUGUCCCUGGACCCCAAAACCCUGGGGUCUGGGAGGGAGGGAGACUGUGACCCCCACAGUGCUGCUCUGGACCUGCAGGCAGGAGGAAGGCUGGGUGCUUUGUGGGGAGCAGGGGCACAAGGGUCUCAGCAGGCCCCUCUGUCCCCCAUCCUCCUGAUGAGAAACACUAAUCAUGUAUUAGAUUUACAGAAAGGUGAUAAAUGAAAAGCUUUAGUCAGUGUAUUGGAAGCCCCACCUAGGGAGAGGGGUGGUUUCUGUUGCACUUUCUGCCCUUUCACAACCCCUUGCAGCAUCCACUUGGUGUGACAUGCCAGGAGCUAGGCCAGGUGAAGGAGGCAGUGACAGAGACUUCCCCCUCCCCAUGGGGAAGGUGACUGGUCUUGUGGUCAGGGUUGGCAUCACCCUGGGGAAGGGGCAUGGGCUUGGAGUAAGCUGGGUAGCCCCUUGCAGGGUGAGGGAUGCUGAGGGCAUUUCUCAAGGGCUGGAGGAGGCACAGGCAGCAUCUCCCCCAGGGCCUAUCCCCUCCUCUCUCCCCCGGGGCCCAGGCAGGGGAUUGCAGCAUCAUUUUAAGUGGCAUAUAUUUUGCACAUUUUACCCCUCUUUCAAACAAAAUUCAAAGUGACCCUCCUGUGGUACAGGAACCCCCUUUGCUUCCCUGUGUCUGCACAGCAGGGUCAGGCAUGGGGGCUGUGCUGGGGGGUAUUGCUGGGGGGUGUCCUGGGUGCUAGGGAGAGGGGAGAAAGGGUCCUGGGCUGCAGGCCCUCGGCACCCUGUGGGUUGGCGCUGCCUGGCUGCAACGGGGCCCCAUGGGCUGCCUUGCCUGAGCUGCUACAGGGACUUCCCCCAGCUGAGGUGGUAGGAGUGGGUAGGGAGCACUGGGAGAGCAGCCCCUCAAGCCCUCUCCAAGGAAGCCCACCAUCUUCAGGAGCACAGAAGCCUCAUGGGGCUGCAGUGGCUUUCUUCACCACCCCUGACUGGGUGUAGGCUCUCCCAGCAUCACCCAGCCUGAGAGAGGGGGGCUGUUCCUCCCCUACCUCUGUCCUUGUCUCCUCCCUGGUGAUGGUUAUGUUCCAGAGGCAAUAUGGGGGGCAGGAUGGAUGAGAGAGGUGGACUGGAGCCCCUGCCAUCUGCAGGGAGGCUCUUUGUGAGCCUCUUCUCUUUGAAGGCUCUUUGUGAGGAGGUUUCUGGUCAGGAUCAGUUGUUCUCAAUUGCUUCUUCCCUCCCCUUGUGUAAAAUGUAAAGGAAAAUAAUAAAUCUCCCUACUAUUAAGCUAUAUUUAUUUCCCUCAACCCCUUGCCACCAUCCUGUUUGGUGCUCAUUGCAGACACUACCACCCAUCCUUUGCCUGUCAUCUGUGGGUGCUGCUCUGGCUUGCUGGGGCUGUGCCCUCCAGAGUCUGAUGGUGCCAGGUGGAAGGGGAGAGUCAAUCCUUUGACCUUUUCAAUCACCUGUGCUGGCUCUGGAGCUCCAAGCACUUUAAUAGACCUAAAGAAGUGAAGCAUCAGCCCUGCCCAGCUCUGCUCCUGGAAGGGCGAUCACGUCCUAGGUCUUUUCUCUCCUUCACCACUAUUAGAGGAAGGGGAGCCAGAGACAUGGAGCAGGCUGGGGGCUGCUCUGCAGAGGACAUAGCUGACUUUCCUGUACAGCUCUUUGUAGCAAUCCCAGGUCUGGAGGAAAGGGGGGGUGAAAGGGAAGAGAUAUGGGUCUUUGAUGCGUCGGGAGGGCAGGCCACCCUGGAUCCCAGGGCUCAGCCAGAGCUGGAGCACAUGGAGGGACACAGUGUCACCCAUCCCCUCCAGGGAUAGGCUAAACAUUAAAUGAGCAUGUGAGCUAAGAGCUCCCAAUCUGCUUCCAGGCUGGGGUGCGGAGGAUGUUGAUCCUGCUUCCCUGUUCUUGCACCCACCUGCUGUCCUUGCCCCGAGUCCAGCAGGCAGGCUGGGAUGCUCCAGUCUCUGUAGGUCCAUCUGUGGCCUGGGCUGCCUUUGUGGCUGUCUGGGCUCUGCCUGUGGAGAGCUGUGUGUUCUGAGUGGCACUGUCUGUGUAGAGAUGUGUAUAAUACCCUGUAUAUAUUUGUGUACAAAAGAAAACAGGAAAAAAAGAAAAAAAAGGA